GAAAUCUUAGUCAUUGUAGGCCAUCACCGUUGUUCGUUGAUUACAUGUAUUUAUCUCUGGGUCAAAGUACAUUCGAGUUUCAAAACUUUUGAACCUCUGCAGCUGGACUCUCACCUCAAUCGUUUCUUCAACGUCGAUCAUCGCGUUUAUCUUCAGAAUGUCUCUGAGCCAGGUGAUUAGUAGGUCAGUGCGACAAGCAGCGGUCAGAUCCUUCUCUUCUCAAGCUGCAGUACCAAAUGGCUACAGUUUUCAGCUUUCCGAUACACAACGUGAAAUGCAGGAACUUGCCAGGAAGUUCACAAGAGAAGAAAUAAUUCCUGUAGCUGCAGAGCAUGAUAGAACGGGAAAAUUCCCAUGGGAAGUUGUCAAGAAAGCCUGGGGCCUGGGACUCAUGAAUGGACACAUUCCACAGCAUUGCGGAGGUAUCGGAAUGAAUACGUUUGAUUCUUGUAUGAUUGGGGAGGAACUUGCAUACGGAUGCUCUGGUAUUGCCAGUGGCAUUGGAUCUACAAAAUUAGGACAAAUGCCUGUUAUUAUUGCCGGAACCAAAGAACAACAAAAAAAAUACUUGGGAAGACUCAUUGAUGAACCACUUCUAGCGGCUUACUGUGUAACUGAACCUGGUGCUGGAUCUGACGUAAGCGCCAUUAAAACUCGAGCAGAGAAAAAAGGAAAUGAAUGGGUUAUCAAUGGAACUAAAAUGUGGAUAACAAAUGGCGGUGUUGCCAAUUGGUACUUUGUUCUGGCUCGCACUAAUCCAGAUCCUAAAGUAUCGGCUAGUAAGGCAUUCACAGGUUUCAUCGUUGAACGGGAUACCCCGGGUCUGACUCCUGGACGUAAAGAAUUGAAUAUGGGGCAAAGAGCAUCUGAUACCCGCAUGAUAACAUUUGAAGACGUACGUGUCCCAGCGGAGAAUGUGUUGCUUGGCGAGGGUCAAGGUUUCAAAAUUGCAAUGGGAGCUUUCGACAAAACUCGUCCUCCGGUUGCGUCUGGUGCAGUCGGACUAGCGCAGAGAGCAUUGGACGAAGCUACCAAGUAUGCUCUGGAACGAAAAACUUUCGGCAAACCUAUUGCCGAACAUCAGGCUGUAGCUUUCCUGUUGGCUGAUAUGGCAAUUGGAAUCGAAACAGCUCGACUAGCUUGGAUGAAAGCUGCUUGGGCUGUCGAUAACGGCCAGAGGAAUACCUUUUUAGCCAGUAUUGCUAAAUGCUAUGCCGCAGAUGUAGCUAAUAAGUGCGCCACAGAUGCAGUACAGAUAUUUGGCGGUUGUGGUUUCAACACUGAAUACCCUGUAGAGAAGCUAAUGAGAGAUGCUAAGAUUUAUCAAAUAUACGAAGGUACAGCACAAAUUCAAAGAAUGAUUAUAUCACGUACUUUAUUGUCAGAGGCUCAACAAGGUGGUAAAUGAUGAAAUCAUAUCAAUCAUAUGUACAAAUCAUAAAUAUCUGAUUGCACCAAAAGUGUUCAGAUAAUAUUCAAUGCACUGUUAUUGUUACCGAUACCAUUGUACAUACAUACAGGAUAACAUACAAUAAUUCAUAAUACU